AUGCAGGUAGACCAGCUGCAGAGGCAGUAUGGUGUGCUGAGUAUAUGUUCGACGGCUCUUACGAUCGAUAAUGCGUGGGUCGCAAUGGGUGGGAGUAUCACCAUCGCUAUUCUCAAUGGUGGACCUCCCGGUGUCAUUUACGAGUUCAUCGCUGCUUGCUUCUACUAUGGCUUCAUCGCUGCCUCCAUAGCGGAACUUGCCAGUGCUAUUCCAUCCGCCGGUGGAGUCUACCACUGGGCCUCUGUAAUUCCUGGUCCGAGCUGGGGUCGAGUGCUCGGCUUCUUCGCCGGCGCCCUGAACUUCUACUCAUGGCUCUUCGACCUUUCUUCCAUCGCUUUCAUCCCCGCCAACGUUCUCGUACAGAUGUACGCCAUCUACCACCCUGACCUGGCCAUCGAAGCAUGGCACGUCUUCAUUGCCUUCGUCCUCGUCAAUAUCCUAUGCUGCGCCACCGUCAUAUUCGGUAAUAGGUUCCAGCCGGCGUUGCAGAGUCUGGGGCUGUUUAUGGUAGUGGUGGGCGGAUUGGUGACGGUCAUCGUGCUUGCUGCGAUGCCAAGACAGCACGCAAGUAGUUCGUUUGUGUGGAAAGAUUGGGAUAACGAGACGGGCUGGAGUGGAGGAGCGGCGUUCUUGACUGGUGAGUACAGUUGCCCAUUCACUAUCGGCACUCCGGACGGCGUCACUCACAUGGCAGAGGAGCUCCCCAAUCCUCGUCGUGAUCUUCCCAAGGCCAUAGCUGCCCAAAUGACCCUUGGAACUCUUACUGGUCUGAUCUAUGCCAUCGCCGUCAUGUAUGCUAUCUCGGAUCUGGACGCUGUCAUAUCCAGUAAUGGGUCGUUCCCCAUCGCUGUAGUCUAUGCUCAGGCUACGGGAAGUAAUGGGGCAACGUUCGGCUUGCUGUUUAUUGUGCUCAUAUCCAUCUUGAUUUGCACGAUGGGGACGUAUAUCACGUGCGGUCGUAUUUUCUGGGCACUGGCACGAGACAACGUCACUCCUUUCUCAGCCUUCUUUUCACAAGUCUCCACGAAAUGGAGUUGCCCUAUACCCGCCACACUCCUCUGCUUCGUCUUCAGCAUCGCCCUCGGCGCCAUAUCGCUAGGCUCCAAAACCGCCUUCACAGAUCUCGUCGGCUCCUUCAUCAUCCUCUCCACCCUCUCCUUCCUAAUCCCCAUCGCCGCCCACGUCCUCACUCGCCGUUCCGCGAUCCCCUUCGGUCCCUUCCAAAUGCCAGGUCUCAUAGGCUACACAGUCAACAUCCUCGCCUGCCUCUUCAUCGUCUUCACCGUCAUCAUCUAUUGCUUGCCGUACGGACUGCCGGUGACUGUGCCCACGAUGAACUACAAUAGUGUGAUCUUGGUGGGCUGUUUGUUCAUCACGGAGUGUUGGUGGUUGGUGCAUGGGAGGAGAACGUAUGAGGGGCCGAAGUUGCCGAAGAUGGAUGAGCUCGGGAGGGUCGUUGGGGAAGGCGAGAAGGGGGAGAUUGCUGGUGUGCUGUGA